AAUUAAAUCCUCUCUCUGUAUGUGAGGAAGAGCAACUGCCAACCAGCCAGUCUCGCUCACACUCCAAUGGACCUUCUACAUUCCUCCGCUUCUUCCUCCAUCGCCGUCCGAUACUUCCGCCUCCAUCACCACCGUCCUCCGUCACUCGCACCUCGACGCCGAACAUGUUUCUCUCCUGUAAGGUCAAGUCUUCCGUCUCCGAUUCGCGAGGCAAAGUACCGCCGUGAACUCGAAGCUGCCGUCGCAGUCGUGGAGAGAGCCUGUCGUCUUUGCGUAGACGUUCAAAAAUCUCUUCUAUCUAGCGAUGGAAGUAUAGUUGAAAAGAAUGAUCAGACUCCGGUCACUAUUGCUGAUUUUGGAGUUCAGGCUCUUGUCAGCUUAGAACUGGGUAAACUCUUUCCUAGUAUUCCCUUGGUUGCUGAAGAGGAUUCUGGUUUCGUACGCGCAAAUAAUCUGGUGGAUUCUGUUGUGAGUGUGGUUACUGAUCAUGCCAGCUCAGAGGAUAAACCAUUGGAACAUGAUAACGUCCUGGCAGCAAUUGACAGAGGUGGGAAGAAUCCUAUUGUUUAUGGAACAAAGCCAGCCACAUAUUGGGUACUUGAUCCAAUUGAUGGCACAAGGGGAUUUGUCAGAGGAAAUAAGGCCUUGUAUGUUGUAGGUUUGGCUCUUGUAGUCGAAGGAGAGAUUGUUUUAGGUAUUAUGGGUUGCCCCAACUGGCCAGAUAAUGUCUCCUACACAACCGCCAAUGAAGCUGGAAACUUUCUAUCUGGAUCCGGGACCCUUGUGGUUGCCCAUGUUGGCUGUGGAACAUGGAGAAGGGAACUAUCAAAUGCGCUCGGAAGAUCAGCCCAAGUUCUGGAUGGUUGGACUAGAUGUAUUGUUGAUGAAUGUCACUUAGUGCCUGGAGCAAAAUUUUGCCUUUCAGACAGUCAAACAUGGGAUUCAUUGCCGCUUUCAGCUUCAUUCAGUGCCACAAAUGACCCCGAUAGUGUUGGCAAUAAGGAGAUUCUCAUUCUGCCUACAUGCUGUGGAAGUUUAUGCAAGUAUCUAAUGGUGGCUUCAGGUAGGGCAUCAGUCUUCAUUCUUCGAUUAAAGGCUCAGAGAACCACAAAGGCUUGGGAUCAUGCCGUCGGCCUAUUGUGUGUUCAUGAAGCAGGAGGAAAGGUCAGUGACUGGAAAGGAGAACCACUUGACUUUACAGCAGAUCAAGUUGAACGAAGGAUUAUAUUCCCGUCCAGCGGUAUUCUUGUAACUAAUGGCAAAUUACAUGAUCGGAUACUUGAGACGAUCGCUUCCAGCUCAGCAAUUGUUUGACAGCAAUAACACUCGAGGCAAAUUGUCUGUUGGAACGCCGUGUGCCAAUGAUGUCUGUACAAUAAAUUUAAAAUCUCUCAUUUCUUUGUGAUACCAAUCAAUCAUGUGAAAUUCUAUAUGGACACUUUCAUUUCAGCUCUAUUGACCAAUCUGCUGUGAACACGUUUAGUUCAAAUUCGCAAUGACAGGGUUUACCUUAAGGUCCUUAA